CACACCCCGCAGAGCCAUGGAGCGGCUCCCACAGCUGGUGCUGUGUGUUACCACAGUGGCUGUUCUCUCCUGUUCUGGAUCACAAGAAGAAAACUCUUCUUCACCAAAUCCACCUCAGAAGCUCUCCCUGAUAAAAAAUAGGAUGGUUUCAUUGCAUCAGCCUGCUAAACCAGAAAUCUCUUGUAUCAUCGGCUCAAGCUGUUCAUGGGUGACGUCUACAGACAGUUUUGGAAAACCAGACUGGGUGUUAUCGUCCGCCGGUGUCCUGGUGUCUCAGGAGAGGCAGCAGCUGCUUCUGGAAAACAGUUUCUCCUGUGGAGAUGUUGAAGGGGACAUUUUCCUUCUGAACACCAGUAGGCUCCCAGAUAGAUGUGAGUUCAGCCUGCAUAGCCCCAUCCUGCUUGGGAGUUUGGACUCCUGCUUGCUGGAACUGGCCAUAUGUUCACAGGAUGCUGUUCCUCUCCUUCAGAGGUUCACAGUUGACAUCAGAUAUGUGGAGACAAACAAAAAUACAGUGAUUUCUCUGAGAGUUGGCCAUGAUGAGAAUGCUGGGAUGAAGUGGAAAUACCUGGUGGCCCAGAUUGGACGAAUAGAGAGACCUUUUAAAAUCACGCUGCUGUAUUCAAACUGUGGAGCUCAGGAAGCUGGAGUACUGGCAGUGGGCUCCUUGCAACUCAGGAACUGCUUUCAUGAUAAAGAAAAUCAAGAUCUUUUUAUAUAUGACAAAGGCUCCACCUUCCCCUGCCUUCAUGGAGGCUGUGUCAGCCACCUACAGAUCUGUGAAUUCAUCAGUGACUGCCCUGCCAAAGAACAGAAAGGAGAGAGGUGUGACAGUCUCCCAGAGGGCUCACACUGCUCUUUUGAAGAGGGUCCAUGUGGCUGGACACUGAAUGAAACUGCAGGAUCUCCUUGGUCUAUUCAGGGCUUUUCUGAAGUGAUUCAAGAUGACUCAUUUGUAGGGUCUACCUUGCAAGCCACUGGUGGACAUUUCCUCUACCUGCGAGCAGACAGCACUCAGAUGAGCGGUAUGGCUAAGGCUUACAGUACCAGCCUGCCUGCCAGUAUUGCCACUGAGGGCUAUCAGAUCCAGUUCUCAGUGCAUGUAUUUGGCAGCUACAAUGGUACUGUCUCCUUCUCUGUCAAGGAAGAGAGAAAGGGAGCUCCAAUCAUUUUGCCAAUGUGGGAAAGGGCAGGGAGCUGGAGUGACCACUGGUUUCUCAUCACCUUACCAAUGCCGGUGCUUCAGAACAGGUUUGAACUGCAACUCCUGGCAACCUGGGGCUGGAAUUCCCAAGCUGACAUUGCUAUCGACAAUAUUACAUUUGGACUGGACUGCUUCACUGACGGAAGACAACCAAAUAAUAUUGGUGGGAAACGCCAGUACCCACGUGAGAUUAGUAUGGAUGAGCGUCUUCUGAAACCCCUGGAAGAGCCCUCCCUCUCAGGAGACACAACUGUUGUUUUCUGGUGGUUCUCAACAUGUGGUGCCAGUGGCCCUCUUGGGCCAACUCAAGCUCAGUGCGACAGUGCCUAUAAGAACAGCAGUGUGACAGUGACUGUGGAGAAGGAGGGCAGGCUCCGGGGAGUACAAGUCUGGAGAGUGCCAGCCACAAACCGAUACAGGAUUUCUGCCUACGGAGCAGCUGGAGGCAAGGGAGCCAAAAACCACAAUAAGAGGUCCCACGGAGUUUUCAUCUCAGCCACCUUUCACCUGGAGAAAGAUGAACUGCUGUACAUCUUAGUGGGGCAGCAGGGGGAGGAUGCCUGCCCUGGGAGCAAUCCUGAAACCCAGAAGAUCUGCCUAGGGGAGUCAUCUCUCAUUGAAGAAGAUUACAGAAAGAAAAAGGAUCUGAGGGAAUGGGCUGGGGGAGGUGGGGGUGGAGGAGGAGCAACCUACAUCUUUAGACAGAAGGAUGGGAUUUUCGAACCUUUGCUCAUCGCAGCAGGAGGAGGAGGAAAAGCCUACCUGAAGGCUCAAGACAGCUCCCUGGAUGAUGUACCCCUGGAGCAAUUUGAGAACAGCACUGCAGUACCUGGAGUCAGUGGAAGGACUGGUGCAUCAGGUGGAGGUGGUGGCUGGCAAGAUGAGAGUCUUCUUCCUCAGGCUGGGAAGUCCCUUCUGGAAGGUGGAGAGGGAGGUCAAGCUUGUCCCCAGGCACUAGACAAGCUCCAGUGGGCCACCUCUGGUGGUUUUGGUGGGGGAGGAGGAGCCUGUACUUCUGGAGGAGGAGGUGGAGGGUACAGAGGAGGGCAUGCCUCUGAUAAUGAUGAUAUCACAGCUGGUGGGCAGGAUGGCAUCUCUUUUGUGAAUCCUAUUGGAGAGAUCUUCUUGCACCCUUUGGCAGCCAUGGAGAGUCACGGUGAGGUGGAGAUUCAGAUCUAUCUUAAUUGCAGCCACUGCCACUCAGACAACUGUAAGCGGGACCCUGACACCAACCUUCCAGUCUGCCAGUGUGAGAUGGGGGCUGUGCUGGCCAAUGACAAUGUCACCUGCACUGUGCCUCAGGGUCCUAUCCCAGAGGGACACAUGUCUCUCCCACUCCUCCUAGCUGUGGUGUCUGUGAUUGUGGUGCUUGGAAUGAUCCUCACUUGUGGCAGCCUGUCUAUCAUUUAUCACCUUAAGAAGCAGCAGCUGGAAGGAGCCAGGGCACGACUGCAGAGCCCAGAAUACAAACUGAGCAAAAUCCGUACAUCUGCCAUCAUGACUGAUUACAACCCCAACUACUGCUUCGCAGGGAAGGCUGCCACUCUAAGCGAGCUGAAGGAGAUCCCACGGAAGAAUAUUUCUCUGCUUCGGGCACUAGGACAUGGUGCAUUUGGUGAGGUUUAUGAGGGAACCGUGGUAGGCAUUGCAGGAGAUCCCAACCCUCUUCAAGUUGCUAUCAAGACCCUGCCAGAAGUCUGCUCUGAGCAGGACGAGAUGGAUUUCCUGAUGGAAGCAUUGAUUAUCAGUAAGUUCAAUCAUCAGAACAUCGUGCAAUGCAUUGGUGUCAGCCUACAGACGCUGCCUCGCUUCAUUCUGCUUGAGCUCAUGGCUGGAGGAGAUAUGAAGAGCUUUCUUCGGCAGAAUCGACCCAGGAUGAAUCAGCCAUCCACGCUAACAAUGCAGGACCUGCUGAACAUAGCUAGGGAUAUUGCCUGCGGCUGUAAAUAUCUAGAAGAGAAUCAUUUCAUCCACAGAGAUAUAGCUGCAAGGAAUUGCCUUUUGACCUGUACUGGGGCAGGACGAAUAGCCAAAAUUGGUGACUUCGGGAUGGCCAGGGAUAUUUACAGAGCAAGUUACUACCGCAAGGGAGGAAGAGCUAUGCUUCCUGUAAAGUGGAUGCCACCAGAAGCUUUUCUAGAGGGUAUUUUCACCUCCAAGACUGAUACCUGGUCCUUUGGUGUGCUGCUUUGGGAGAUUUUCUCUCUAGGCUACAUGCCCUACCCUUGCAAAACCAAUCAGGAAGUGCUGGAAUUUGUCACCAGUGGAGGAAGAAUGGAUCCACCAAAAAACUGUCCAGGACCAGUGUACCGGAUCAUGACACAGUGCUGGCAGCACAGCCCAGAGUAUCGGCCAAACUUCUCUACCAUUCUGGAAAGAAUCAAAUAUUGCACACAGGACCCUGAUGUGAUCAACACUGAGCUGCCCAUGGAGUGUAGCCCCACACCAGAGGAUGAAGGGAGUAUGGUCAUCCGCCCAAACAUUUCCAGUGGGAUAGUGCCGCUGCUGGUAAGCCCUUCUCUCACACCUCAGACAACACCUAAAACAAUGGAAUCUCACCAUGCUGGGCACAGACUUGUACAAUGCCCACAAGAGCUACUGGUGGAGAACCUGAGCAACCGGACUGCCCGAGGACCCAGCCUGCCAUGUCUCAGUGAUUUCAACAGCGGGUCAUGGUUCCAGCAGACCUCAAACCAGAAGUUGGACCUCACCAACCCAACAGCCCACAGACUUAAAAACAAAACAAAAAAUCUUUGGAACCCAACCUAUGGAUCAUGGGUGCUAGAGAAUAUCUGUCACUUCAGCCCCAGCUCCAAGUUCAAAGCAAAUCCAGAGCGGGAAGAUUCAGGCUUUGAUGGGAAUUGCAGUUCUCCUAGCUCUCGAGCAUCUCCAGCAUCUCCAAGUCGAAGCAACUGCCCUCACCUGGAUAUCAGUGGGAUAGAACUGGUGAAACUCCAGACUUUCCCCUGUGGCAAAGCAAAUUAUGCUUAUGAUGACCUGUGCUACAGUGCUGAGCACCAGCCAUUAGCCUUAGCUGAGGUCAGAACAGCUGUGCUAAGAAGCUCCAGUCUGCACAGGGAUGAAAACUCUUUUUAUAAAACAGAGAAAACAUCAAGAGAGAGGGACUCUGGUCUGUCUUUGUCAGAUGACCUGAGUGUUACUCCAGUAUAGUAGAAAUGGUUCAUCCCAAGAUCAGGGAGUGUGUAUGUCUGGAAGGACUGCUUCCUAUUUCACUUACUUCCUCCAUUUUAACUCCUUCAGAUGGGUGAAGUUUCAACCUCAGCAAUGUUCUGCUUCCUCCAUCUACCUGCUGGAUCCCCAGAUAGUUAAAGACAGUUGCAUUUCUAUCUCUGUCCUUCAAAUGUGUUCCAGCUUAGAGGUGGAGAACAAUGGCAUUACUUCUCUGAAUACCUAAGGAAUGGACUCCUUAAUAUGCUCAGGUGAAAAGAAAUGGACCUACCAUCCAGCUGCAGCAUUUGGAUGGAAAUAAUGACCAACACAGGUUGUUUUUCUUUCUGACUGAAGAAUCCAAAAACGUGUGCUGUGCCAGCAGCAACCAAAUUGCAAAGGCUGCUACAUUCCUGAGACCUUUUUACAGUCCUGACGAAUUACUAAUUCUCAUGUAGUAUAUGGGAAGUAAAAAAAUAUAGCAACCACAUUUUCAUCUGUUUUAUUAGUAGACCUUGUGAAAGCUAUUGCUCAAAUUGGAAGCAGUAGGAAACAGUAGGAAAGAUGGAAAAAAAAAUAAUCAGACUCCUCUGAGCAUGUGCUUUGAAAACAAGCAAUGAAGAGGAAAACAAAUUUACCAUUAAUAAAGCAGUAGUGGGUGGAGCUGAUAGUAUCUCUUUGAAUAGUGGAGGAAAUGUGCUGCUUGCCUCACAGUGUAGCUCUCCUCACAGCUCCUGCCAUUGAAGGGGCAGGUGGUUUUUCAAGAAAGGGAGAGCUGCAUGGCGUGAUGAGAAAUGGACUGUCUUUAUCUUCUAAUGGACUUUACUUGAGAUGACCUUAAUUUUUGUAAGAACUUUGAUAUUCAGGAUUAAUUCCCUGUGCUGUGUUGGUAAGCAUUAAGCUGAGGUUCUUAGGUGACUGUCCAGCAUUUGGUGUACUGGAGUUCUUGGUUGUAAUACCUAUGUCUCUGAGGUAGAAAGAAAGUCAUGCAAAGGAAGGACAGAGUGAAGGAAACUUAAUGCAAACACUACUUGGGGUGCUCUUCAUACUGGAAGGCAGAGUAGCUCGACCAUUUGAGAAAGCUAAAACCAUGACUUGGCUUCACACAGCUGAGCAGGUCAUAAUUUUUCCUUGCCUUGCAGACUUGCUGGUAAAGGUAGUUGUUUGUUUUGAAGACAGCUCGUUUCUAAGGCUUUCUUUGGUUGCUUAGGAUCUAAACUGAUGUU